CAGCGAAACCGGUUGUCUGAGCUGCGCGAGCUCACCAGCUGUGAGAGGACGCAAGUCACUCCGAAGGCGACUUACCGCGCCGAGGUCUCUCACUCGUAGAAUAACGCGCGCACGUAUCGCACGUUGUUGCUUCGCAUCCGUCGUCUUUCCGUCGCUAUAGCUUACAGUUCUGUGUGAUGCGCCGCUCUGCUGGACGAUUCGCCGCUCUCGUGUGAUCGAUCCUGCGCAAUACGCGGGCAAAGGAUCUGUAUUGUCGGAUCGCGUAGUCUUCAACAGGUUGGGGUCUGUGUUUUUGUUUCGCGCUCUCAUCGAAGACAAUCGUGUCAGGUUAAUUGGAUAAUUAUCGCUUUAGUGGAUUGUGUGAAGAAACCAGCGGAAGUUGAAGGGAGAUUCUCCGCGAAGAACCUGUGCGAGUGGAGUUAAGGGGUGUUAAUUAAGCUGACAAACGCAAGGUUAACGCUACACCUGACGAAGUGAUUAUAUUUGUUAAAGUGACAACUCAAGGAGUAUGAUGGUUAGUGGAGGUAUUGAUGAAUGUUAACUACAAAUGUUCGAUGGAUUCAGAAGAAAACGUGAUUUAUUGAGGUUGAAUCAGUGUCGAUCAACCUGAGGAAAUAUCUUGAGGAAAAAACAAGUAUUGUUAAGUGAUGGAGUGUUAUGUGCAUUGAAUAGUUUGAGUGAAUCAAACUGAUAAAGAAAAGUGCUAGAGCAAUUCAGAACAACAAUCGAGUUGAUCGCAGUGAUUCGAUCAACAAUUAAUUCAAGACGAAAGAAAGUUGGUGUUCGUGAAAGGUGAAGGACAAUCGUUGAAGCAGAAUGGAAUCAGACGGGGAACGUGACAACGGCUAUAGCCAUUACAACUCACCACAACAUCAACAAUCCGCACAACAGAGCUAUCACCGAUCUUACGAGGAAUACAUGCACCACCAGCAGCAGCAACAACAACAGCAGCAGAAUCAAUCCAGCCAUCAGAAUCAGUCUCAAAACAGUGCGGCCGGUUCUCCACUACCGGGUCUUCCCGGACAGCACUCCAGCACCGGAGGAUCAAUGCUGGCACCGCAGAGUCCCAGCAUGCUCGGCUCCGGCAGUAACGGCAUGAUGUCCUCCCCGCUCAUGCAGUCACACUCACCGCUGCUGUCGUCCAAUCCCUCGUUGCUGAACUCGCAAUCUCCGCUGCUGUCCAACUCGCCGUUGAUGAGCCAAUACGCUCCCUACCAGGAUGUGAUUCCCACCAUCUUGCCGCAGGACGAUCCCGGAGGAUGGGGAGGCUACGCCCUCGCUCCGGGACCCUAUCAGAGUGAGUUCUGUGCCUCCAACUACGGGGUGCUACACCAGCGGCAGCAGUACGGAGGUCCGGGCAAGAUGGGACCCCACGGGGCGUUGAAAAGCGCCAAAGAGGCACGCAUCCGGAGGCCCAUGAACGCGUUCAUGGUGUGGGCCAAGGUGGAGCGGAAAAAGCUCGCCGACGAAAAUCCAGAUCUCCACAAUGCCGAUCUCAGUAAAAUGCUAGGUAAAAAGUGGCGCUCCCUGACGCCACAGGACCGCCGGCCGUACGUCGAAGAAGCUGAGCGACUACGAGUGAUUCACAUGACCGAGCAUCCCAACUAUAAAUAUCGGCCACGUCGCCGGAAGCAUACGAAAGCUCGCAGUGGAGCAGCCGGUAGCAAUGGCGCUGUUGGCAAUCAAGCUGGAUCGAAUAACACUCCAUCCAACAAUGUGAGUAAUUCGUCCCCAAGUGAACUGAACUUUGAUGGGGAUUCUUCGCAACGAAUGAGCCCGUACAGUUAUAACCCGCACUACUACUCCGGAGCAAACAACGUCCUGAACACGCCCGAUUCCAGUCCGACGCAAAGUCCUUCGCCAAUACCGCCAACAGCUGUUCCUGCAGCGAUGAGCAGGAAACUUUCUGGUAACUCGGUGGAUAUUAGUCAAAAAAUGGACGACGUCUCAUCAGCUCUACCGACGCCAGAGAUGAGCCCCCUGGAACUAGAGAAAGAAAGCUACAAUGGCCUGCAUGCCAGCCAUAGCUACGAUGAUCUGAAGAGCAAACAGAAAUUGUCUUACGACAGUUACAAUAGCGUGAAAGCCGAACAAAAACUUCCUGCCACCUUUCCCAACAGCUAUGAUCAUGACAGCGAAAUCAAGCGAGAAUACAGCUCUACGCCAUCGUACAUGCAUUCCGCGACACCUGAGAAACGAUUCCAUUACGAAGCAGCUCUUCCUAAUGGAAUUCACGACAGAAGAAACUACUUAGCGCCUAACUCAGGAUCUACGACAACCACGGCUAUGGUGAACGGUAUGUACGUCAUGUGUACCAACCGAAGUAUCCUGGACCAGGGUCACAUCGUCACAGGAACGUACUUCCCGCCGUUAGCCACUUCCGAAGAUCACCAAACUUUGGGAACAACCCUGACCACUAGCCAUGUGUCACAUCUCAGUACAAACAGUAAUAGCAGUAGUAGUAAUCACAACCACAGCAAUAGCAAUAACAGCAACUCCAGCAACAACAUCCCAAUCUCUAGUGGCAAUAGUCUGAACAAAGCCAGUAAUGGUCUUGUAAGUAGUGCACAUCUAAGUGGCAGUCCAGGAUCCAACCAACUCGUGCAACAAUCCGCUCAGGGCGCAGGACUAACGUCAGAACAGAUAAACAGCUAUUACGGCGUUAACUCGCUCCCAUCUGGCCUUCCUGCCUAUUCGUAUGCUUACAAAGACUACGGCAUAACCUACGAAUCGCCUUCGAUGGGUCAGGACGAGAUGGAUUCGCGGGAGCUUGACAAAUACCUUAAGUAUCCGGAUAGCAAUCACAACUUCAACAGUUACGAAUCGUACCAUCACAGCGGUGCCAUCUACGGUCAUGCACCAGCCACAGACUAUUACAGCUACCACCAGCAAAACGCCUCCCUUCUAGCUCAACAGCAACAACAACAGCAGCAACAACAACAACAGCAAUCCCAGCAACAGCUUUCCUUGGGCUCAUCGUCUCCUGCGGGCAGCAACUCUAGCUCCGGUGGCAAAAUCGAUGGGUCGAUGUUAGCCUCGGGUCCGAGUGGACAUUUACCGACGACCCCAGUUGCAUUGUACGCACUACCACUUCAACACUCUCAACUGGCAGCAGCACAACAGCAGCAUCAACACCAGCAACAGCAACAGCAGCAGCAUCCGCACCAGCAGCAGCUGCAUCUGGCACAUGGGCCCAACGCGCAUGGUAUCACAGACAUCUACGUGACCAGUGAACAGCUGAAGGACGAUGAGUUUAGUAACAUUUUGGCCGGUGUCCGGAAAACUUGCUACAGUAAUUGAGAGUAGGGUUGAGGAUGGGUUGAUUUGUGUGGAUGGAUACAGUGACUUCAUGAAUGGUGCCUAUUUGAGAUUGAUAUAUUCAUUCAAUAGCUAUCCAAUGUAAUCUUCCCAGGUUUAAGUGAAUUAAUCAUUUAUCGCAGUAUUUGUCAAUUCUGAAAUUUUCAAUUAUUUUCCAUAGAAAAGUUUAUUGGUUUAUCGAUCGCAAGAUCCUUGGUUUGAUAUCAGGCUGCCAUGAUUUUUUCUCUUGUUUACAAAUUUAAAUUUCUGAAGGUAAACUUUAUGAAUUUCAAUUCGGUUUCUUGUGGCUGUUUUUCAUAAGAUGUUUAUUUGUAUUUGUUCAUUUGCCUGAGUGUAUGAUUCAACACGAAGUUUGGACAAGCAUGGAGAAUAUUUAAUAUUAGAUAGAAAUGCGAGCCUAAUCAGUUGUUGUGGGACUCAAUUGUCAUUUAAAUCAAUCGAUGUUUCAAUCUCAAGAACAUUUCUAGUAACAGUUUUCCAAUGUAUAUACUUCUACUAAUGUUUUAACUACAAGAAAACUGUUAACACUUACUUAGAGAAUGUGGAAAUGUGUAGAAAUACUUCACUAUUCAAUGAAAUGGAAAGGAAAUGUGUAAAAAUGCUUCUCUAUUUAUAUUUUCAAGUAUUUUCCUGUCGAAAAUUGAAAAAAAAAUUAAAAAACGUUUUUUGCUAUUUUUGAUGCAAUUUUGUGAGAUUUUCUGAUCAUUUUUCAUGUCGAUACAUAACCAAACUUUUGAAACUAUCGCCGAGAAUCGCCCUGUGCAAUUAUAUUAUAUAGUUUGCAUUCAAUCCGAAAAAAAAUUGUUGAACUUAUCCUUUAAAAGCGUAUUGAAGUACUAAAACUUUAAUCAAACUCGUGGGACACAACGCCCACCUUUAUUUCAUAACAUCAAAACAGCCGUUUGAAUUCAUAUUCCAGCAAACGCAAUGUCACGCUGUGGCUACGUGCAAAUACGAUCUUACAAAUGUGUAUUUCUCGUAUCAGAAUGUAUUGCUGUGUGCGUUU